AAAUGAGGCCAAUGCCCAGACCUCGCCUGAUUGGUUUCGUUUGACGAGUGAUGUCAUCUCUGAGGAGGGCCUGACCACUUAGUAAUAUACCACUGCCCGGAUAAGGGUAAUCGACGACUUAAGAGCAGAAGAACGGGACGUCUGAACGGACACGUACGCACAGCGGAGAGCACAGAGUUUUUGGAGGAAGCUCGCUGUGACAAAUCGCUCUUCUAGGUUCAGCAGCCGGUGCAGCAGCUACAGCUAAAGGACAAACCUCUGGGAAAGAAGGGUCGACGAAGAGAGGAUUGACGGGCAAAAGUAAGAAGGCCUUUAGAUAUUAACUGGAAAAUAAAAGGAGGAAAACCGAAUCAACUGAAGAGCAAUCGAGAGUAGAGGAGGGUCCAACAAAGGAGCUUUUGAUCCAAAGGGGGCACGCUUUGUCGGUGCACUAUGGUGUCUUUUGGACUGGAACUGGUCGGCGUCCUUCUGUCAGUGCUUGGCUGGGUGCUGAGUGUGACCAGCUGCGCCUUGCCAAUGUGGAGGGUGUCGGCCUUCAUUGGCUCCAACAUUGUCACAGCUCAGGUGUACUGGGAGGGCCUGUGGAUGAACUGUGUGUUCCAGAGCACGGGACAGAUGCAGUGCAAGGUCUACGACUCCAUGCUGGCUUUACCUCAGGACCUGCAGGCCGCCAGGGCGCUCACAAUUGUCUCCAUCAUCGUGGGGGCGGUGGCUCUCCUCAUCUCCAUGGUGGGAGCAAAGUGCACCAACUGCAUCGAGGAGGAAGGGGUCAAAGCCAGGGUGAUGGCUGCCUCGGGCGGCGCGUUCAUCACGGCAGCUCUGGCCCAGCUGGUGCCGGUUUCCUGGUCGGCGCACACCAUCGUGUUCGAGUUCUACAGUCCACUCGUCCCCUCCGGCCAGAAGAUGGAGAUCGGGGCGGCGCUGUAUUUAGGCUGGGCCGCCGCCGCCCUGCUGUUGGUCGGAGGGUCCAUCCUCUGCUGCAGUUGCCCUCCACGGGAGGAUAAGCCGGCGAGGUACAGCGUGCACCCCCAGAGUCGCAUGGCGUACUCUGCCGCGCCGAGGUCAAACGCUCCGAGCUCCUACAACAAGAGGGACUACGUGUGAGGGAAGAGGACAGGUGACCAAAGAGGGGGAAUAUAUUUGCUUGCGUGGACUUAUUUCUAAAUUGUCAGGAAAUGAGGACAGAACUGAGCUAAAUAAUAAUUAAUGGUAAAGCAGCCAAACAGUUUGAGAAUGUUAAGUGUAAAUAUGCAGGCAGUUUUCUGAAACCUUUGAGAAAUAGAUUGGACCGCUCCGUACAGAUGUUUGAUGGUUCUGUUUACAUUCACCACUGGUCUAAAUCAAGUCUUGACCGUGAGCAAAUAUGGUAACAGAUGUUCACAAAUUUUGUCUCUGUGGCCCGUUAGGAGACUUUAUCCCAUAUACAUAUAUUUAUUAUUUGUGGGCAUAAUAUUUACAUUAUGAAUGCGCCUCGUUUUACUGAUCAGUGUGUAAAUAUCAAGUAUAGCCAAUUAUUGUAAAGGAAUUAGAGACACGGUUAAGACUGGAAACAUAGGAAAUAUUUUCCUUGCUAUUAUUACAAAACACGGACAUCAUACAGUUUAGUAAAAUGGAGCUCACGUUGGUCUCCAAAGCAACGUGGUGAAGUGGAUUGUAAAAAUAAUUUAUGCAAAAUAGAUAUUGGUUCUAUCUCAUAUUUUCCAUCUCAAUAAGAGACCGUGUUUGGACAUCGUCCCCUGAAGUUGAUGCUGUUAUGGUGUUUGAUGCAUUCAGAUUGUAUGUGUUUGCUAAUAAUGAGACAACAUUUUGAGUCUACUUUUCGGAUGCAAAUGUUGUGGUUCUAGAUGUACUGAAAUUAUUGAAAUAACUUUAAAAUGAAGUAAUAAAGAUUUUCACUGUGAAACAUCA